UCCUCGGGGCUUCCCUCCCACCAUCCGUCUGCUGCAGCUGACUCAGUCUGCUGAGAUCCUCUCCACCAGAACCACGACCAGAACCAGGACCAGGACCAGGACCAGGACCAGGACCAGGACCAGGACCAGGACCAGGACCAGAACCAGAACCAGGACCAGGACCAGAACCAGGACCAGGACCAGAACCAGAACCAGGACCAGGACCAGGACCAGGACCAGAUCUGCUGAGAUCGUCUCCACCAAAGACCUGCAGGAUGUACGGAGCGGCUCCACACGUGGAAGUCCCGAGCCGCCAGUGCCUGGUGGAGAUCCAGAACAAGAGCUCCUGCUGCUCCCUGACCGACCCUCGCGUCCACCUGGUCAGCGGCAGCAGCGAGGCUCCUCUGCCGCCGAUGCUCAAGCCGUCCGAAGCCGGAAGCGCUCGCUUCGUAAAGUCGGUGGGGGCGCGCGGGUCGGUGGGCGUCUUCACCUACGACCUCGUCCACCAGUCCAGCAAACAGCACGGGGGCAAGAUGGCCGUCAUGUUCUCCGUCCCCUACGACUUCAACCUGUACUCCAACUGGUACGCCGUGGGGAUGUUCGGCGGGGACCAGCCCUGCGAUAAGGACCUGUACGAGCUGAUGUACAAGGGCGGGGAGAAGGGCUUCGUCCGGGGCAAAGCUAAGGGGCCCGGGCUGACCCACAGGAUGGACCGGGUCACCGUCAGGGCCACCAUGUCCGACAGCUACCGGCCCGUCCUGAAGGUGGACGUCUGCGACAACUGACACCCUGUUUCAGACCAGUUACCCCAGUGCUGGAAAGGAAUCUGUCAAAAAUCAUAAAGAUUGUGCACUUG